UGCUCCUGACGUCAUUCUCCGCCGUCCGAGUCGAGCUGUCAAACCACUCAAACACUGAAUUCAGCAAUAUGGGUGUUAACUCUAGCUGACUCGGAGAGAUACACUUCCAAACGCCCGUCAAGAUGCUUUUGAAAUGCUCUGUUGGGGCUGUCUCCUUCAUGUUUGUCACUUUGUUGGGGCUGUGGCCGUGUUUUUGCCGCGGGCAGCAGGCUGCUCACAGCCCGGGGACAGUGGAACAGGUGGCGGUCACGUUAGCAGAGAGCGACCGCGCAGCGCUGGACGAGACAUUUCAGAUUGAAGGCCGAGCUGUUGUGUAUGGAGUGAGACCAGAGGCCUGGGCUCCUUCCUCUGUCGUGCUGGUUGAUGGUGAGGAGCACGUCGGCUUUAUCAGACUUGAUGGAAGCUUCACUGUAAACGAUGUCCCUUCUGGAUCAUAUGUUGUCCACAUUGCGUCCCCGGUGUAUAACUUCGAGCCUGUCAGAGUGGAUAUCACCAGCAAGGGCAAAAUGAGGGCACGUAGAGUGAAUUACAUCAAGACAUCUGAAGUAGUCCAGUUGCCUUAUCCACUUCAGAUGAAAUGCAGUGGAUUUCAUUCUUACUUUAUUAAGCGAGAGACUUGGGUCUGGUCAGAUUUCUUUAUGAAUCCCAUGGUUUUAAUGAUGGUGCUUCCUCUUGUGAUCAUCCUUCUUCUUCCAAAGGUCAUCAACACAAAUGACCCAGGGAUGAGAAGGGAAAUGGAACAGUCAAUGAAUAUGCUCAAUCCCAACCCUGAACUUCCAGAUGUGUCUGAGAUCAUGACUAAGUUCUUUGCCCCACCCAAAAGCCACAGCAGUAAACCAGGAGGUGAAGGUCACAGGGGCCACAGGGGUCAUAGGGGUGGCGGCCCUAGGAAGAGGUAGCACUCAUCUGUGCUGGGAGGCGUGUUACUACUGCCUGAUUUCCCUGAUUCAGGCCUUUGUCAACAAUCAUUUGCCAAAAACAAUCUGCCUUUAACAUUUGAGAGAAGAAAUAAAGGGUUUCAUUCCAAGACGAAUUUUAGAAAGUUUUCAAGAAUAUUUUUUCAUGAUAUAUUGGAAGUGUUGGAAGUGAGCUUUACACAUCAAGAAAUAUCAGUACUGUAUUAUGAUUAAUAUCACAUUAUUAGAGAAAUAUAAUGUUAUAUUUCUCUUAUAUUCACUGUGGUUUCAAAUGGAUAAACAGCAGUUUUGGAAUGAAACUCUUUAUAUGAGGCUAUUGUCAUUGCUAAUGCCUUAUUUCACUGUGUUUAAGUUUGAAUGCCUGUGGUGCUGUAAUGCGUUCAUUAAUGCAGAAUGGUUUUGAAUUUAGAACUACUCUGGGGUACAUUUCUAUUUAAAAAAAACAGUUUCAUUAUUUAUUGACUGAUUAUUUACUCAGAGAAAAUAAGAGAAAUUAAAUGAAUUCAAAGCUUUAUUAAUAUUUUAUUGACCUUAAACAGAGGAUAAAUAAUUUACUACUGACUAAUAUCAUUCUUUUAUCCUGUCAUUCUGCUUUUCUGUGGUGUUUUUUUUUUUAACUCCCUGUGUGUAUUUUAAAGCCGACUGCCUUGGCUGACAAUUAUGGAAGUUGAAGGACUGAAGGCUAAAUAUAGCAGUAGUGAGAGUGAGGGAGGAACACCAGUGGGACUUAAUUAGCUUUAGCAGCCGCCUGUGAGGUGUUUGCUUACAAGGGCAAACUAAAUUGGUUGAUUCUAAAAGAACUGUUUAGUAAUGGUUUUUUUUUUUUCAGAGCUUGUACCAUCACUAAAUAUACAAUAUAUACAUAAAACAACCUA